ACCCUAGGAAAGACUCCGCUUGUCUUGAGAUCGAAUUUGACAGAUUUGCGAUGCCAGUGUCAUUCCCCAAAGAACAACAGAUUGAGGAAUAUGCGCGCUGGAUCAAUAAUCUCAAUCCAGACUCCAUACACGCAAGAGGCUCCACGACGGCACCUCUUAUACCUCAAAACACAUGGCCAGACAUGGACAAGAACUUACAGGAAGACCUCAUCGAGGUCCUGAAGAGAGAUCCGCUGGCUGAGAUCUCUGAACAGGAGAAAGAAUUGCUCUGGAAAAUGAGGAACUUCUGUAAGAAGAAUCACCCGGACUCUCUACCAAAAUUACUGGCAGCUGUAAAAUGGGACUCUAGGAAAGAUGUGGCACAAUUGUAUAUGUUGCUGAGAGAGUGGUCCGUUGUGUCGCCAGAAAUUGCAUUAGAGCUCUUAGACUUCACCUACAAUGAUCUCUACGUCAGAAGGUUUGCUGUGAAAUGUUUAGACCAGGGGCUGGAUGACGACUGUCUUUCACGCUACUUGCUUCAGUUGGUUCAGGUCCUCAAGUAUGAGCCGUAUUUAGACAAUGAUUUGGCCAGAUUUCUACUGAAGAGGGCGCUGCUCAAUCAGAAUAUUGGACAUUUUCUGUUUUGGCACCUCAAGUCGGAACUGUACCAGGUGGCGACGCGGCAACGUUUUGGGCUGAUGUUAGAGGCGUUCUGUCGCGGGUGUGGUGCAUACCUCAAGUCACUGGUCAGACAGGUGGAAGCUCUGGACAAACUGACCAUGUUGACCAAUAAACUGAAGAAUGAGAGAGAGGAUCAACAGAAAGCUGUGUUACUAGACCAUAUUAGACAAAUGGACUACCUGGAGGCCCUGCAGUCCUUCCAGUCACCACUCAAUAAUAGUGAAAUAUUGGGAGAUCUGGAGAUAGAACAUUGCGAGGUGAAGACAUCAAAGAAGCGCCCUGUGUGGCUGGUGUGGAAGAAUCCAGACCCAAUGGCUGAUCUCCUCUUUAAGGACUGGAAAAUCAUCUUCAAAAAUGGAGAUGAUUUGCGCCAGGACAUGCUGACCUUACAGGUCAUUGGCAUUAUGGACAAUAUAUGGCAGGAGGAGGGGUUAGAUUUGAGGAUGAGCCCCUACGGCUGCCUGUCCACAGGGUCCAAUGUGGGGAUGAUAGAAGCUGUGAGGAAUUCAAAGACAGUGCUGGGAAUUCAGAAGAAGCGUGGCAAGAAGUCGGCCAUGCAGCUGGACAGCUCCCAGCUACACAAGUGGAUCAAGGAGAAGAACAAGGGGGACAAAUACCAGCUGGCCAUAGAAACCUUCACCAAGUCUUGUGCUGGGUACUGUGUUGCUACAUUUGUAUUAGGGAUUGGUGACAGACACCCUGAUAAUAUCAUGGUGAAUGAGGAGGGACAGGUAUUCCAUAUAGACUUUGGGCAUUUUCUGGACCAUAGGAAGAAGAAAUUUGGGAUCAACAGGGAGAGGGUGCCCUUCGUCCUAACAGAAGAUUUCAUACAUGUCAUAGCAAAAGGUGCUGAUAACCCAGAGAAAACCGAGGAGUUUGGCAAAUUCACAGAGCUGUGUGGGAAGGCCUACAUUAUUCUGAGGAAACACGCUCAGCUCUUCAUUACUCUCUUCUCCAUGAUGCUGUCUUGUGGGAUUCCCGAACUUCAGUCUCCUGAUGAUAUCGGGUACUUGCGAAAGACCCUGGCAGUGGAAAAAUCUGAGGAAGAGGCCAUCGAGUAUUUCCAGCAGAACCUGAACGAGGCUCAUGGCGGUGCCUGGACAACGAAAAUGGACUGGUUUUUCCACUACUUGAAGCACAGGAAUUCAUAAUUUGCUUGCCUAUACAUCGUCAUUGUGUUAAAAUUUGUGAAGUUGUUGGUGCCUAGAUGACA